UUGGUAAAAAAUCGAUUUUUUGGGUAACAAAGCUAUUGUUUAGUUGAUUUAAAAAAUAAACAAAAAGUCGCACGAUCCGAGCCCUGGUAUGUAGCACCUAUUGUCCCAAUAAUUAACGACAUCAGGUCGCCAGAUAAUUAUUUUGCAAGAUACUUUUUUCCAAACCAAUGCCGUGACGCGCUGAUAUCGUUUAUGGCACGUUUGACAAGAGACUUAUUUAUUUGUUCUACCACUCUCGUAUCAAGUCAUUAGAGUCGGAAGUUAUCAUCGAAAGAGCUUUGUUCCAUAAUGUCUAAUAACUGAACGAGCAGUCGCCGAUAUCAAUUUGUUAUUACCAAUUUGUUAUUUAUUAUAACAGUCUAAAUAUAUUCUAAUAAAUAAAACAUAAAAAUUAAAGUACAAAUAUUGUGCCUGCUAUUGAAAAAAUAUAAUUUACUAAAAAUGAAGAGUAUAAAUAUUUUUUGCAUAUGUGAAAAAAUAAUAUUUUCACAGUAAAUCAAACAAUCACAAAAUACACGCAUGUCUAUAUUUGGACCUAAAAUUUCACCAAGAAGACCAUGUGAAGUCGCAGCAUGUAAAGUAAUUUUUGUUUACAUGUGCCUUAAGAUUGGACAACAUUGAGGACAAGCAUUACAUUCAGAUUCCUUUGUAAUCUUCAAGAGUGUUUAAAAUGUGAAACCAUUCAAGUGGAUGGGAAUUAAUUUAAUUCGAAGUUACAAAACUAUUUUAAAUAAUAAGUUUUUAAUGUGCAGUGCUUGAAAGCAAAACUGAGAACAAUGUAUUCUCAAAAAAAAGAGACUGUAAGCAGUCUUGGAUAUUAUCACUAUGGUUAUAAAUAUCAUUCCAUGGAUGCCUUGCACCAAAAAAUGCAUGGAAUUAGGAGAGUGACGAUUUUCUGCAUUCUGACAACUAUUUUACCAACUAUGCUUCUAAUUCUUCCUCUUUAUUUACGACACAAAAUUUAUGCUGAUGUUACAUAUGCUGUAACAGAAUCAGAUAUAUUAGAAAUCAACGAAGGAGUCUCAUCGAUAUUUUGUUCGGCACAUAGCUUGAAAAUGAACGAAACUUUUAAUGCAUUCCAAGUUUCACGUAGGCCCGAAACCACGUCCUACAGAAAGCAUCUAAGACUGAAAAAAAGUAUGACACUACCAGACGAUACACUUGAAUAUUGGGGAUUCUACCUAAUGAAAGGAGCUAGUGUCGCAUUAUCAGUUUGUUCAAGGUUUCAGGGAGCUUCAAUACUCGUGGUGAAGGGAGAGAGAAAUUUGCGAACCUGUGGAUUGUUGGAACACAAUAAAAACAAAGCUCGCGCCACAGGAAUUUUUCUACCAGAAGCCGAUCAGCAGGUCAAAAUAACAUUUGAAUCCAAUGCCCAAGAAAUCCAUUCUAAAGAAACAACCAAUAACCCCAGAGAAGAAUCUCAAAGUUCUCCAAAUACCAAAACUAAUUUAAAAAUCAAUCAAGAAGAAAUUGAUGCACAGAUUGCAAAAAAGAAGAAAAUUAUAGACGAUGAAGAAUCAAAUAAAAUAAUCAGACACACUCAUAGAAAGCAUAAAUUACACAAACUAAGUAAUAAAAUUGAAACAAAACACAUUUCUCAUCAUCUUCAAAAUUCAAAAGAGACUCCUGACGCUCUAAAUUCAAAGGAAAAUCGAAUUAAUUUACUGAAAUCAGAAUUGCAUGCUGAGAAAGCUGACACAGCAGAAGAAGACAGUGAAGAAAAUGGAGAACCUAAAUUGAACAAAAGAAAUAAAAGACACCAAGAGCCAGUUGAUCCGUCAAAAUUACUUGAUCAAGGUAUAAGACACGGAGGAAAUGCCGGAGAGAAAAAUGGAACCUUGUCAGAGGAGGACUCGUCAGUUUCAAGUUUUGAAAACGGUUUGUUAACAUGUUAUGGUGGCCAAGUGCUUUUAUCGCAAGAAUUUAAUGCCUCCGAGCAUUGCCUUGAUGUCUCCUUUUUAAUUAAUGGAAAACACAUGCAAACGAGACACGACGUCGUUGAGCCUGGAUAUUAUUAUUAUAUAUUUUAUAGUGACAAUGACUUUGUUUCUAACGAUAUUCAUGCUGUUUUUGAUAUUUAUAAACCGACUCUGCAAUACGAGAAUGUAACACAUGCGUGCAUUAAUAAAACAGAAUGCACUUUUUCUCUGCCUCUAAUGACGCCGGACAGAGUAAUUGUUGAAGUUCCAACGCGAGAUGGAAUUGAUGACGAAAAAGAUGAUAUUUCCCUUUUAGUUUCAACCUGCCAUCCCCGAAUGGGUGUCUACAUUAUUUUCCCUAUAGCAGUAUUAUUUUUAAUACUUAGUUGUGCGUUUGUAUAAUAAACAUGUGACUGUAAAAUUGAUGUGAAUAUUUUUAAAUGUAUUUUUUAUAAUUAGAAUAAAUUAAUUUAAUUUUGUA